GCUCCAAGUCGGGUGUUAAAGACCUGCAGUCGAGGAAAGACACAAGACGCAGCUCCCCGAGGGGGAACAAAGAUCUCGUUGGAUCUUGUCGCUUAGCACCUGUGCUAAUCGGCACCCCUGUGCACGGCCAGCCCCCUCCCGCCGACGCCACGCAGACACGAACACACGCGUGAGAGUGACUGGAGAGAAGGGGAGGAGGACGGACACGAAGUCGAGAAGCUCAGCUUCCGGCCCGCCGCCGCUCGAAAUCCAACCCCCCUCCCGCGGGUGGCGUCGACCUCUCGGCCCGCCGCCCCGAGCAUGUCCGCGGAGUUGGAGCUGACCUUCCGGCCGGACACCCACCUGACGGAGGUGAUGCGCCUGCGGGUGCAGUCCCUGCAGCAGCGAGGCCAGGGGAGGCAGGACGGCGAGCGCCUGCUGCGGCCCAACGAGGCCGUGUACCGACUGGACUUCCCCAGGCAGGCGCUCAGCUUCUCGCGGUGGUCGGCGGGGCCGGUCCAGACGGGACGCCUCACCAUCACGGCCACCUCGCAGCUGUGGACGCCAGACCUCACCAACCUGAUGACGCGGCAGCUGCUGGAGCCCGUCGCGGUCUUCUGGAGGUCGCCGGGGGACUCCGGCGCCGCGGCCGUCCGCUGCUACGAGGCCGACGCGCACGAGCUCGGCGAGCGCAUCGCCGAGUCGGCGAGGGUGAGGAAGGUGAUGUACUUCCUGUUUGCGUUUGCAGACGGCUGCGGCCCUCAGGCCGUCGACUGCUCCAUCACCUUCACGGCGGAUCGCUGAGACUCAAAAAGUGACUUUUUGUGACUUACGCAAAGUGACUUUUUGAUCCGUUCGGGAGUCGGGAGAAAAGAAAGCCUUACUUAUCGCAUCAUCCGACGCCCGGGAAGGACGAGGCGACGCUCUUGGCCCUCCUCUACCUUGCUUCCGUUGCUGAACCUGUUGACCUUUGUGUCUUGUGAUGUCAAAUGUAGCUAUACACAA